GUCGCAUUCGUAGGACCUCGCAUCGGAAUGCUGUUCGAAGAUGAAGUCGGUGAUAGUCGUAUCGGUUCCUGCAAUCUAGUAGAGGUGUGUAAGAGCGAGAUAGAAAUAUAUGGUAAAGUAGAUGAAAGUAGUAGAAUUUCAAAGUAGUCGAGAAUGACUGUGACACAAAGCCUUUUCGAGAACGAGUAGUAGAAACUAAAAGCAUCCUGCAGCUUCGAAUUAGUACUUUCGCUCCCGAGUAGUCAAUGCUUCUUCUGUUAAAGCACUUUCGAAAGAAGCAGAAGGUAGAAGGUUAUAUAGUCGGUAUUCAUUCGGACAUGAAAACUUCACCACGGACUAGCUUGAAGAUGUCCCCAGAAAAAAGAAGCUCAUCCAUAGCGACAGACCACAAUGAAUCCCGAAUAGAGAGCCUACAAUAUCAACAGCCAGCGCAAGGCUGUAGUUCUUAGUUGUUACAACAAUUUUUUUUGAAUUUUUUUGAAUUUUUCAAGCCAUAAGGACCAUGGUCGAUUUCGCGGCAGUCCAGCAGGCCUACCUGCAGCAGGCUGGUGGGUACAAUGACCACCCCGGCGCCGGCUACUACCCCUCCUCUAGUAGUACUGGGCCUGCCUACAACUAUGGCGACGAUAGUAGAGGGCUCCGAGGAAGGGGAACUCCCAGUAUUGUUCCAGGGAUAGCACACUUUCCACAACAUGGUCAGCAACUACAACCUGGUGGUGGCAGUAUGCAAAUGCAUCCUAGCAGUAGUACACCAGCUAUGUUGAUGAGUGGAGGAGGAGGUCGUGGGUCUGUAGAUGUACCACAACAGACUGGUCCUGGCUUAGGUCCUAGAGGAGGACCAGGAGCUAAUUUGCUAAAUAUGAUGAUGAACCCUGUACUAGGAGGUGGAAACAUGCGACCAGCACGUGCGAAGUCAAGAGAACGGUCAAGGUCGUUGAGGCCAGGCGCCAGAACCAGAAGUGUCGGCAGUGAUCAGGGGAGUAAUAUCCGUGUCGUCGUUCGUGUCAGACCGCCAUUAGCAAGGGAGAUGCAGGCUGCCUCGUUUCAGAAAGUUUGUCGGGUGGAGAAUGACAGGUAUACACUUUGCUUUGCUGUUCUUUGAAGAUUAGUUGUUACGUUUGUAAUUUAUUUCUCGCUUGAAAUCAGUCAUCCCUGCUACUACUUCCUUCCUAUAAUAUCAACCAUUUUCAGGAAAGUAACUCUCCACGAGUUAGUUCCCGACAGCAGCAAAGAGGACGGGUUGCCGUUCAUAGUAUUUGCGAAUCACGUUUUCAAUUUCGAUUUCGCACAUGGCCCCGACAAUACUCAAGAGGACGUGUACAAAUCUACUGGCUCGUUUGCAACAGCUGCCUUGCUGAGAGGCUUCAAUGCGACAAUCUUAGCUUAUGGACAGACGGGGACCGGUACUACCUUCCUAGUGGUUUUGAUUUGAUGAUCGGUAUAAGGAAUGAUCUGCUGUAUGAAAGAAAUUGAAACUCAAAUUCUUCAAUGGUCGAACAAUUCUACAGCAAGUACAACUCUCUAGUAGUGUUUCCCAACAUCGUUCUAUCUUGUACUUUUGUCUAAAAAUACUUUCUCUCUGCCUUCCACUUCAGGUAAAACGCACACGAUGGAGGGGUUUUGCUACGACAGUCAGUCCGAAAAACGUGGCGUCAUCGCUCGCUGUAUGGAUAAUAUUUUCCAUAGCAUCGGCAAUUUUCCGGAUCCCAAGGCCCGUUUCAUAGUUCGCGCAAGCUACCUGCAGAUUUACAAUGAGCAGAUAUCGGAUCUUCUAAAGACCCACAAUGGCGGCGUGCCCGUUCCAGCAGGCUCUAGGGAGUAUCUUUAAGGCUUCCAGAAAUUCAUCUUGUUAAGAGGCAUGAUGGACCUUUGACGCAUUUAUUUUCAAAGGGGAAAACUGUCAAAGAUGCGCGUUACGAUGAAUAUAGGGAAGGUCUAAUAUUUUCGUGGCAGUGUCGCAGGUGCUAUUCCGAAUUUGCGCGAGAGGUCCCACGAGAGAUGGGGCGAUGACGGGGAAGAGCGCGGAUUGAACCUCGUGAUCCGCGAGGACAAGUCUCGCGGAGUCUUCGUGGACGGCAUCUCAGAGUGGAUAGUGCAGAGCUCGAAAGAAGUCUAUCAGUUGAUUGAACGUGGUGGCAAGGAAAGAGUCAUUGCGCAGACGAAGAGUAACGACAUCUCUAGUCGGAGUCACACAGUAUUCAUGAUCGUUGUGGAACAGCAGACAGCGGCUCCUCAGAACUUCACGAACAGUCAGGGAGACGCUCAAAGCGGAGAAACUGGUACGCAAAUGCGCAUAGCGAAACUGAACUUGGUCGAUCUAGCAGGUUCCGAAAGAGUGCAUUGGACUGGAGCAAAAGGGCAGCAGCUUGAAGAAUCGAAAAAGAUCAACACCAGUUUGCUAGCGUUGGGUAUUAAUCUCGAAGUGUUUUGCAAAGUCCCUAAGUGGUUUCACUUGCCCCUACAAAAAAAGGUUUCACUACCACGUACUCGAAAACUGAAAAUAACCGAGUUGCUGACUGAAAUAAGGGAGGCAGCUUUGACAGGGCUACUCUACUUAUUUUCAGUAGUUACUCGCUUAUUUUAAGUAGUUACUGGCAUAUUUCAGUUUAUCGAAUAAGUAGAGACUUUCAAAUUCCGCAUUCGACCGUGAAGAUUAUCAUCGCACUACUUCACGAGUAAAACACCACAUCCACAACAACAAGGUAACGUAAUCCAAGCCUUAGCCGAUACCAAGUGCCACGUGCCCUAUCGAGACUCGAAAUUAACCCGUUUAUUAGAGGACUCUCUGGGUGGCAAUUGCGUCACUACCAUAGUAGCCAUGGUUUCGCCUGCUUACGAAGCGUUUCAAGAGAGUCUUUCCACUUUGAAGUUUGCCUCACGAGCUAAAAGCAUCGUCAAUGCGCCAGUAUUGAAUGUGGUGAACGCUGACGAGAAGACAACACUGAUCAGGCAGUAUCAGCAAGAAAUCAAGAGUCUGAAGGAACAGCUUAGUACACUCAGCAGGAAUGGGGCGGCGAAAGGUACUAGUACUAGUAUCUAUCUAUACAUAGGUUGUUACUCUUACUUUAACUUUUGAUGUCUUUAGGCGUAGCUGCGGACCUUCUUGAGUUGUUUUUGGUAUGAUAACCACUUUGAGAUCAAUCUUCCUCUCCAGGCCGUCCCGGUCUCCCCGCUGAAUUGAGUGCCGGCGGUGCGGACGGAACUCCAGAGGGUGCGCACCACCUAAUGUCUGAGCUGCAGCGAGAAAAGAACGCCAGGUUGGAGGCGGAACGCCGGUUGUCAGAAUACACUUCCACAGUAUUGCAACCCUUUCAAGGCGCAUUACCUGGUGGAGGCGACACCGCGUCCUCAGUCGGCAAUUUUACUGCUGUAUCCGCUGAUCGGCACACGACCACGGAAGCUGCGACUUCAAUGAUAGAGCAUUACGAGGAAAAGCUAUCUCAAUUAGAAGCUGAGCGAGUGACGAUAAAAGAGGACAGGUCGCAGAUUGCAAGGUACUUCUAGGACAUAUUUGUAGCAUUUUUUUGUAACACCGCGGCGGGCCAGCGUCUUUGCAUCAGGGAAAACGAUGGGCAAAAAAUGUUGAGAAUCAGAUGUUAUGUGUCUUUCCUUCUUCAUCAUUCAACCUGAAACAGGUACAAGCAGCUCCUUCUGAAGCAGCGGGAUAUCAUGCGAACUUUUACACAACGACUAAGAGAACGGGACGAUAGUAUCUUGAAUUUUCAGGCCGAUUUGGAUGCUGCCCACAUACAAAUCGACGACCUGAGAGCACGGCUAGACACGGAGAGCGAUGCGGCGAGAUACGAAGCGGAGGUACUCAAUGUACUGUGCUAUUAAAUUGACGAUCAAGAUCACAACAAAUACUUCUGAAAUCUGAAAAUCUGUUUUACCGACAACAUCUUUUUGUUAUUCUUCUGCUUUACUUAAGAACUAACUAAUUUCAUUCGUCCUCAACAGAUUUCCCAACUCCAAGGACGCAUUGUGGAGCUCGAGCAGAAUCAAAGCGGCGUUGAAGACCUGGGCAAGCAGUGGUCAAGCGCCAUUGAGAAGCUUCAGGAGAUUCAACAGUCUGAGCAAAUGCCGGGUUUGGCUAAAGUGCGACUUCGAAACCAGAUUACUCAAAUGUGCAGCAUCCUCCAGACACAGAUGGGUGGCACCUUGCUUCCUUCGUCCAGUCUCUACACCCAGUCGAAAUUGAGCGCUGCGGCAGAGCAGGCAGGUUUCGCACCUGAAGCGCGGCAAUUAGAGGGCUCUCAUCGUGAGGCACAACCGGGGCUGGAUCAGCAAUAUCAUUCCGAUGCUGGGGUUGACGUGAAUGACGUGAAAGAUGGAGAACAACAGCUUCCAGGAGGCGCCACAUCUUCUAGCGACACAGGAGCACCUUUGAAACUCACUGUGCCGACACCUGCAGGAGUAGAAACGACCCAACUAACCACAGUUCUUACCGACAGCAAGACUACUCCGUCAUCCUCGACCGCUGGUACUAAGCUGGUUCGUUUUCCAGACGUAUUAGCCAUGGACUCCGAUUACGUAGCCGUAAACGACGCGGAUGAGGAUUUACGAAGAAGAGCAGCAGCGAUACGCGGAAAUGUUGGAGGUUCCAAUAGUGUCGCAGCAUCAUCUACUGGUGUACCCCAAGGUCGGGGUGGUCUGACGCGAAGUUACAGCUCUCCGCAACAUCAACAUUUGAGUGCAGCUCAGCGUCAAUUGGCUUUGCGACAGGAACAAAUCCAACAACAGCGAUUGCAGGAACAUCGUGUGCAGCAGUUACAGCAAUUACACGUCCACCAACAGGGUACAUCGUCAGCACCGGUCCCAGCACCUGCUUUCUUUUACGGCUUCCCCUAAUCCAUCUCCAGAAGCAUCUCAGCAGGACUGUUCCAUAAGGGCCGAACAGUUUCAAGAUGAGUCAUGAGAUGAAUUAGGAGGGUCGGCGCUAAUUCUUGUUUCAGCACCAGCAGCAACAUAUGAAUAUGUUAGGAGGAACCGGGUCGAAUACUGGUUUGGAUAUGAACCAGCAGUUGCUACAGCAAGCGGCAGGUCUUGGUGGUGGACCCUCUUCGCUCGUCAUAGCGCCGAAUCCUUCAGCUCCGGCAGCUCCUUUCGCACACAAUCCGCACUACCCUCAGAACACAAGCUUGUACGAGCUAAUGCGGUCUAGACCAGUAGCGGCUAUGCAUCAUCUUCUCGCAAAACCACGGUCGCGGUCAUUGCCGUCGACCUCAGGAGGGACUACACGAGGAACAGCGAUCGGGAGACGGCGCAGGGCGUCGAGGAGUCCAGGCAACAUUACGCCGGCGAAUGCAUGGCAGAGGCGGCCUCUAUUGUCUACAUGAUAGACGAAAGGUUUGUACUACUAGUAGACACAAGAAGAUCGAAGUUGAGCCUGAGCUUGAGGUAUUUUUGCUGGCUUCCCGGUUUUUAUCAUGCACGCGAUGUUUGGUGGGGCUCAUAAUAAGAAAGACAAGCAUGACUUGCAUCAAAUUCUUGCUAGAAGUGACACUAUUUGAAAAUAAAACGCAUCUUAGUUCUCGAUAACGCGCAUUCAUUUGAAAGAACUGACUGAACUUACCUAAAAAAAAUGAAGCGAUACACACGUACAACAAUAUCAAAGGGACGCAAGAAGAGCUAGUAGAACAGCCUUUGAUAGAAAAAAACGCGAGGGUAUCAUGGUAGACUCGCUAUCACUGGUACUAGGACUACAAGGUUUCUUGCAUUGAUGUCACCUUUGAAAAUCGGUGACCUGAUUACUAAAACUUCGAUGGACACAAGCAUCAGCAAGAUUGUAACUUACAGAAGAUCAAGAUUUAUUUUUCUCCACUAAUUUCGACUCACUUCAAAUGAUUUUUUUCCCAACUGAUUAUCUGACAAUUCAAGAUACUUGUUGAUGAUGUUUUUUAAGCAGCAAAAUCAAAGUUCUUGUCGACUGCAGGUCUAUGAACCGCUGACAAGGCAGACGUUGACGAAGUAAGAACUUUCAUCACGUAGUGAUUUCGGGACGAUUACUUGAUAUGGUACAACUGAAUCAUGGUAGUCAUUCCUAUUUAUCGAUGUGUGCGCACAUACACGAUUCAAUACACGGAACUUUCCCAAAAAAAGGUAACUGAUAAGCAAAACUUCAUUACCACGAUAGGCAUGAUGUUAUCCAAUGAGGACUUUUGUUGGUAAAGAGUAGACUUCUCACGCAGAAAGGUUGUCAAAAAAAUAAUAGCUUCAUAAAGACAAGCAGGCUUCACGUUCACGAAC